UGAGAAAUAAGCCUGGGUUCAAUCUUGCGGGAAUCUGGGUACGAGAAAAGCGUAUUUGGGACAAGAUGGCGGCAAAUUCGGAGGAGUCGCUUGAAGAAAGGACGAUGGGUGAAGAAUUGCUAGAAACCAAGGGUCCUGUAGCACCCAGAGGUUUAACUGUGGAAGACGGCAGUGAAGACGAAAAUGAAAACUCAGGUGAUAUUCUUGAUGAACAGGACGACGAGGAAAGAAACCCUCUUUUGGAACUGAAAAAGUGCAAAGACUGGCUUCAACAGCAGAAGAUAAACCACGAGGCAGAAUUACUCGUUCGACGCCUUCAGCAACGUGAGGACCUACAGCCCUCAUCUAGUGAAUCAUCACAAUCAGACCUUUAUGAAAGGAUAUCCAAGUUGCAAGAUCAGCUCUAUUCCCUCUCAACAGCCCGAUCAUAUAAGAAGCUAGUACUAGACAGGCUUUUGUGUGGUGACCAAUUGAUUAAAAAAUUGUUCCCAGAUGUUGUGACAGAUUCACCAACAGAAGAACAAACUGAAGAAAUGAACGCUUUUGCCAAAUUGUGUGAAAAACAAAACAAGCUUAGCAGUGAGAUUCUUGUGGAACAUGAGGUCUUAUCAGAAGCCCAAACUACUUUAGACAGACUAAAGCAACAAAGUUAUGAGAUAAAAAAGGAAAACCGAGGACUUAUGAAACAGAUUCAGAAAUUGAGGGAUGAAAAGGAAAAUGUUGCAUCCUCGAGCACAGACAAUGCUACAAUGCAAAAAUUGAAACAACAGAUAGCACUGAAAGUAGAAAAGAUUGACAUCGUCAGAAAUGUUUUUCAGGGCCUCAUCGUAGGAAGUGGUAUCGACUGGGCGUCUGAUGACGAGAUGAGGCGUCUUGUUCUCAGCCUUGGAGAGACACUGGAGUUUGCCGCGACGUGACGGUUCGGCACUCGAGCAACCAACGUUGAGCAUCAGCGAGUCAAGUAGGAAUCCUAUGACUAACCUGACGGGGGACAAGUAGGAAUCCAUUUAUUGAAGUAAUCGAAUGAUCUGAUGUUAUCAGAAAACACUUGAACAAUUGCUUGAUAUGGACAUGUUUUCAAGACUCUUCAUUUAGGCAUACAUAAAGGUAAACUUGGAGAACCUUAUAUCGUUUCUAACAACGACAAACAGGAGAACCCUAACCCGGACCAUAGAUACUUUUGUUCUCAAUGGUUUUUCGUGUGUUUCUAUAAAUGUGGACUUGGGCAUAGUGCAUGAUGUUACCAAGAUCAUGCUGAUCUGAUACAGGCUUAUACGCAGAAUACGUAUAACUGGGUGAUGACUUCCGCCAUGACUAAUUCUUUUAGCAAUGACCAGUUCGCAGUUUCACCUUUUUAAAAUUGGUGCGAAUCUAACCAGUCGUAAAAUACAAUGUUUUGUGUGAGAAUCUGGUGUCAAAUAAUUCCUGUCAUAAUACAAUUUUUGUAAUAAUCGUUCUGUGAACUUUCAUGAAUGAACCUGGAAAUCGCCGAUUUGAAUUUGUUUCUUCACCUUUCUUGUGUUUAUGUUAAUCUUUCCGGCAAGGCUUGAGCACGCACUGGCUUCUAAACUUUUUGCAUGUUGGCAAAGAAGUCUGUCCCAAUCCAGUGGAUUGGAGGGGCCCAGUGGCUCAUCAGUGUGGACGUUUAACCCUGCAGCAUGAAGUGUCUAGCAGUAUGGCUACCCUCCCAAGGAGGGGGAUGUUAGUCCAUCACAAGGCUACCUUCUCCCCCAGCGUCUUGUCAGGUUGAUCUAAGUGUGCCGCUAGAAAUUCUCCCUCCCCCCCACUACGCCGCAUUUUGUCAGGUUGAUCUAAGUGUGCCGCUAGAAAUUCUCCCUCCCCUCCACUACGCAGCAUUUUGUCAGGUUGAUCUAAGUGUGCCGCUAAAAAUUCUCCCUCCCCCCCAACUACGCAGCAUUUUGUCAGGUUGGUCUAAGUGUGCACCGGUACCCAGUUGGUGUAAGCUGCGAGCAGUUGGUCUUUAUUCCUCAAAUCUCUGCGUGAGUGGAAAAGUUACACUAAGCAGUCUUAAUUAUGAUUUAGUCGUACUCCUGGGUGGAGAGAGGUGAAAAGUGUCUUGCCCAAGAACACAACACCAUGACCCCGGGCAGGGCUUGAAAGCGGUCCAAUCAACAGUGAGUCCAGCGCGCUAACUAUUAGGCCACCGUGCUCCAAAAUAUCUAUAUAAGAUAUCGUAAGUGUCUGCGGCCAUGCAGUAAACAAAUAAGCGUUCUUCUUGAUGUUCGUGGCGUAAAAGGCACGAAGUAUUGGAGGAAGAUUUAUCUCCUUAUAGUGAGAUGCAACACUCGGAGUGUGAUACCACACCAACCUCGUUCUGGUGUGUUUGUUCUUGCCGGCUCUUCCAGAUGUUUUUGGUCUUCUAUUGAUUUUCAAGCACAUUUUUUUCGAUCCGGCAACAGUUUUAAAAGUUGCCCGACAGUUUUGCUUGCCUGUGUGCAACGCUGUGUGGCAGAGAAGGGCCAUAUCGUCAGCGUAACCCACAUCACCAAGA